AUGGAGCAGACCCAGUGUGGCAGAAGAGACCGCAGCGGCAGCGGCCGACCCCACCUGGCCCCCGGGCUGGUGGCAGCGGCCCCUCCACCGCUCGGGAUACCGGUUCCUCCAACUUUCCUGCGUCCUCCCACCCUUUUUCUACAGGCAGCCGCCACCGCCGCCUCCACCGCAGGAAGCGGAGGCUGCCCGUCGGCUCCCGGGCUGGAGAGGGGGGUGGGCCCGGUGGGCUGCGGCUACCCGCGGACUCCCAAGUGCGCCCGUUGUCGCAAUCACGGCGUCGUAUCGGCGCUCAAGGGCCACAAGCGCUUCUGCCGCUGGCGGGACUGCGCUUGUGCCAAGUGCACCCUGAUCGCCGAGCGCCAGCGCGUCAUGGCCGCCCAGGUGGCGCUGCGCAGGCAGCAGGCCCAGGAGGAGAGUGAGGCCCGGGGGCUGCAGAGCCUCUUGUACCCGGCACACUCGGGGCCUGGGGUUUGGACCUCCGGAGGCAGGAGCAGAACCGAGAAUUCCCAGGUGGCGAGCCUCCCUGCGGAGGUGACUACGCUGGGACUGGAUGCCUUGAGACAGGCUAGUGGUCUGGCGACCCCUGCUUUCGAGGUUUUCCAGCCAGAUUAUAUGGAGCAAAAGCAAGAACAAAAAGACAGUAAAUAUGACUCAUGCCAGAGUGGACAAAAAGAACCAGUCUCCAAAUCCCAUCAACCUACCCUGGGAUCAUCUCCUAAGUCUAUUGGUGUCAUUGGAAAACAAAAUCUUAGGGCAUCCAUUUCAGAAAACUCAAGCAAGGAUGAGCACAUUCUGUCUCCUCACCCUGAGGAACAAUCAGGAGGUGAAGAGAGUCCCAGGUCUCUAUCAUCUUCUGAUCUGGAAUCGGGAAAUGAAAAUGAGUGGGUCAAAAACUUCAGUACUGCCAGAUCCAGACUUUGCACAGUAUCUGCAAGAUCAAGAGAUCCUCUUGAUAUCCUUACCAAGAUUUUCCCAAGUUACAGGCGCAGCCGACUAGAAGGCAUUCUACAGCUCUGCAAAGGGGAUGUGGUCCAAGCUAUCGAACAGGUCCUAAAUGGGAAAGAACACCAAUCAGACACCAGGAACCUAGCAAGCUCAGGAGAAUUGGGAGCUACAGCUUUUCAGAGAGCUUCAAAUUUUAGUUUAGCUAGAAUUGGUUUUGGAACUCUAGGAAAUAAAUCAGCCUUCUCUCCUCUUCAAACCGCUUCUGCUUCUGGAGGUGAUUCAAGUCUCUACAGCUUAAGUCCUAGACUAGGUAUCAGUCCAUUACGGCUGGCAUAUUCCUCUCCAGGAAGAGGGUUAUCUGGUUUCAUGUCUCCCUACCUAACUCCCGGGUUGGUACCACCAUUGCCUUUUCACCCAGUUUUGGAUUAUGCCUUUUCAGGGAUGAUUAGGGAUUCUUCCUACCAUCCCAGUAAAGACUUUGUAACUGGUAGCAGACUGUAUUCCAGGCUGAAUCAGGAUAAUCUUUAA